GGAAACCGGAUGUGAACAACGUAUCUAAGCAACCUUUCAACAGAUUGCAGUUAACAGUAACAAGUGGUGGGAAAGGAAGUCAUAGCCCUCACAAGCAACUGUCACGAUGGCUGCACCAGCAGCGGUAGAGAACUUCGUAAAUUCCAUUAGGACUCUUGCACAUACAAAGAGAAUCCGAGUGACAUUAUUCUUCCAAGAUUUUGACAAACUCAGAUCAGGAUUUGUUACUGUACCACAAUUUUCCCGAUGCCUCUGGCAAACACUAGGAAUUCAGCUGACUCCGGAGCAAGAGGAACUUGUAAAAAGGCAUUAUGACAUCAAGGGGGAUGGACAGUUCAUCAAUUAUAAGCUGUUCUGUGAUGAAAUUGACCAGAACUUUAAUGCCAGAGAUAUCAACAGAGACCCUGAAACUCAGAAAAUUGUUCCCAAAGAGUUCCUGGGAACUGUUCGUUCUGUGCGACCUUUGACCCCAGGAUCUGAACGCAGACUGGUCCAACUAUUACGUCGCAUUGAUCAGUUUUACAGUUACCAUGGCCUUAACCUUCGCACAUGUUAUGAAGACUUUGACAGGCAUCAUAUGGGUGUUGUCACAGAGAGCCAGUUUUACCGAAGCUUUCCAGGACCUCCUGAUGUCAACGAGGCAGAUAUGAAUCUUCUCGUCCAGAAGUACCGCGAUCCUGACCGUCCCGGGCUUCUUAACUACCUUAACCUCCAUCAUGACAUUGUGGCUAUUGGAGGCCAGGUGGCUAAGGAAAAAGAGCUGAUUGAAGCCCCAAAUACACAAGUGGAUGAGACUAGGGUUAUGCUGACUCCUGACCCGGACUUGAACACUAUCUUCGACAAGAUUCGCGUUGCUGUGUUCAAAAACGGCAUCAGAACAACUGAAUUCUUCAAGGACCACGAUAAGCUGCGGAGUGGUAUCAUCACAGAGAAUCAGUUUGUUUGCGGGUUGGCCCUAGCUGUAGGCAAGGAGGCACAGCUCUCUCGCGCGGAGAUACAGAAGGUUGUUGAGUACUACAGACAGCCAGAUGGACGCGUCAAAUACAAGGAAUUCUGUGACAUUAUGGAAAAUGCAUUUACGAUACCUGACCUUGAGAAGAAGCCUCUACAGAGUGUCAGCCGACCAGUGAAAGGGGCCCUAUCAAGGGGCUUGACACCACUGACAGACCAAGAAGAGGGCAGGGUGAUGGAGAUUCUGAGAACAAUCUCGGACAAUGUUCGACGUCGCCGCCUUAUGAUGUACCCAUACUUCAAGGACUACGACAGGGGUAUAGCAUAUACAAGAGUGGUAACCCCAACCCAGUUUGGCCGCAUCCUCCACUUCCUGUCCCUCAAUGUGGCACCCGAGGACCUUAAACUUCUUCUCCGCAAGUUUGAGGACCCUGCUACUGGUGACGUCAACUACCCCGCAUUUGUACAGGCUGUUGAUCAGGAGUUUGUUGGUCACACAAUGGACGAUGCCGACCUGAGCCAGGCGGGACGUACCAACACGCCAAUGAAGGAACGUGAGGCAACCUCAUCCGACAGCAACGUCAGCUAUGAUGAUCUGAUGUCCCGUAUUAGGUCCAUUGUACUUACAAACAGGCUGAGGGUUGGUGAGUACUUCCAAGACUAUGACCCACUCCGAAGUGGCUCCAUCAGUAAAUCCCAGUUCCGACGAGGCAUGUCUCUUCUCGGAUUCAGCAAACUCGGACAACACAACUUGUCCGAGGGACAGUUCCAACUGCUGUCCGAUGUCUACCAGAAUCCACAGAAAGCCGAUCAAAUCCUCUGGACGAAAUUUUUGUGGGAUGUUGAGACAGUGUUUACCCAGCCCAACCUAGAGAAGGUCCCAGACUUGCAAGUCCCGCCACAAGAGAUUUUCCGUGUGCCCAAGCCAGGCACCGUCGACUGGAAUAAUGCAUCUGGAGACCACAUGACACUGUAUGGCGCCACUAUGGACCGACUUAAGCAGCGAAGUGAUCAGAGGAGGGUCCUCGCUAAGCCAGUUUUUCAGGACUUCGAUAGGCACAACAAUGGCCAUGUGACAAAAUCCCAGUUCCGUCAAUGCCUUACGAUGCUCGAGCUGCAUUGCACAGAGCCCGAAAUGAUUGCCCUUGAGGCCAAGUUCUGUAAUGACGUGGGCUUCAACUACCUGGCUUUCUUGUCCGAGCUACAACCCAUUGAGCAGCCAAAGUUUAUGUAUGAGAAGAGAUUGGAGGAAAUUCGUCAGACCAAUGUUCGCAAGACACUUCCUGAGCUGAACGCACAGAAAGAUUUUGAGAGUCUGCUGUUGAAGAUUAAGACAAAGGUGAGCCGUGAGCGUAUGCGAGUGCUAGAGUUCAUGAGAGAUUACGACAAGCUGCGAUCUGGCCGCAUGUUGAAGACUUCAUUCCGACGAGCCCUAGAUCUGUGCAGAUUUGAACUGCGUGAGUCAGAAGUGUCCAUUCUGGAGGACCGAUACGAGUCCUACCAAGACCCUGAAUAUGUAGAAUACCUGAAAUUCUGUGAUGAGGUUGAAUCUAUCUUCACAACAAAGGAACUUGAGAAGCGUCCCCUGGAAGAUGUUGUACAGUUCAAGCCUCCAGAGGAGUGGGAGCUGAACAAGCUUCCAGCAGACCAGGAGAAUAGGUUCACCGCUUGCAUGGAUAGACUAAGCGAAAAGGUACGAAAACACCAGAUGCAGCUGUUCCCCUUGUUUGAGGAUUAUGAUCGUGUCCACAACGGCACAGUUUCACGAUCACAGUUCCGACGGGUCCUCACAGAGCUCGAGCUGGGAAGUCUACUCAGUCAGCAAGACUUUGAAUUGCUAUGGCAACAGUUUGAUGUGAAAAUUGGCGGCAAGGAUGACGUGAACUACAUCGCUUUCUGUGAUAUGAUUUACAAGUUGGCCAAUUUUGAGCCAAGAAAACCAUAGAUUUGGACUAAAUUGAGUAGAAUUCUGUCAAACUUUGAUCAUUUCUUAAAAAAAUCGCAAUUCUAAAUGGAAGGUCAGAUAUGAUCCUUUCUUAAUAACAUUGAAUAAAAACUCUUUUUACCAUUUAUCAAGUGUACUGCCUUAUUCUUUUGUUCAUUUAUUUAAGGUAUCUGCAAUUGUUAUGCUAUACAAGGUACAUUUGUUGUUCUUUUUAGUGUGGAUGUUUUUCUUAAAUUCAAAAACCAUACUUUUGAAACGAAAACAUUUAUUUUGAUUUCAAUAUAAAUAAAUCUUUCUGACAAAUACUAGAAAUGGCUGGUAUUUGAAAAUUGGAUAAUGGUAAUUUUUCCUAUAUUUCUGACAAAAUAAACCGGCUUCAAUUGAUUUCAAGUAGGGCGCUCACUAUUGAGUGGAGAAAGUUAUUGUGAAUUUAUAUAUAUAUUUUUUCUAUGCAUUAUAUUAUUAAUUUUGCAGAAACACUUAUUGUAAGACAUGUUUUACAAUUAUAUAUUUAAGCAUUUGAUGUUAAAACCGUAUGUUGACUGUGAUAUGUUUUAUACACUUUAAAGUAUUACAUGGAUUGUUAGUAUUGUUGUUGAAAAAAUGUUUUUAACAUAAAUAUUUUAAAUUGUUUUUUAUAGCUUAAAAUCAAACAUCAAAAAGUAUUAAGCCCUUAAAAGCCACUGUUGACCCUUUUUGCAUGUGUUGUUAUAUAAAAAAAUCAAAAGCACAUAGUUUAAUAAAUGCAAAUUUGCUUUUCACUUAUAAAUGCUUUUAAAAAAAAGCCACUGCAUAUUUGAAGCACUGCACAUGUUAGUUGAAAGAAAUAGUAGAAAACAUUUGUAAUUAUUUCUGAUCCCUUAGGUAAAUAACGCAUAGAACCAAAAGUUGUUUUGGGUGGUCAAUUCAAGAGAUUAUGAGUUUGAUCCUGACCAGGGGUAAUUUCUCAUGGCCUCUUAAAAUGGACACCAGUACAAGCAAGCUUAAAGAAAUUAGUUGAAACUAAAUUAAAAUAUUUUAUAUGAAACAUACAUACAUCAAAAAAAGUAAAAUAAGCUUUAUGUAGAAUUUAUAGAAAGGCAUCAAUUUACAGCAUUUACAUUUUGAUUGUAUUUGAGACUUCGUGAAAGUAUUAUGUUUGAAAGCAUUGUGUCUUUGUGUCAGUAUUAACAAAUUUUACUAAUUUUAGUAAGUAUUUUAUGGGCGUACAAGGUAUUGUACUGUUUACUUGUUGAGGGAAAGUGUCAGACAGUAUUAUGAGAAUUUUUAAGACUAUAUAACCAGCAUUUUAGCAAGUAAACCAUUAUGCAAAGCAUACAAUUAUAUUAUGAUGCAUAAAAAUAAUUAUUAACUUUAUAUAGGCCAGCUAUUAAAAUGGCUUCUGAGAAAACACUCAGAAUAAAAUAUACAUGUAUAUGUUUCAGCAGCAAAUUAAUAUUCUGUGAAUAUUUUGUUUUUAUAAGACAAUGAAGGAUUUUUACAACAGGUACAAACCCAUAUAUUUUACAUGUUGAAUCGAUGUUUUUUUGUGUAUAUUGUAUUGUUGGAAUGACUUUUGUUAGUUAUGAAUGAAUAUUUUAUCAUAUGCAGAUUUUUUGCUGUAAAAUGUUUACAAUUCAUCAUUCUCUCAUCAUUUUGUGAAAAAAAUGUAAGAUUUGAGAUAAAUAAAUCAAAAACAGA